AUGGGCUGCACUUCCAGCAAAGCGGCGCCUGGGGCGGAGGCCAUCGUGUCGGCCUCGGUGUCGCCCCACUACGUGCCCGGCAAGCAGCUGUCGGACAACGGCAGCGACGUCAAGUCCAGCCUGACGGGAGGCAAGCCCGAGUCGCUGCCCGACACCUCCUCGGCGCCGCCGUCCGCGCCCGGCUCGGCGGGCCCCGUCAUGCUCUGCGACACGCGCGGCUUUGAGGUGGAGCGGGAGCGGGAGGGUGCAGUGAAGGCGCUGGGUCUGGUGGACACGCCUGUGGACGACCCGCGCUUCAACGCCAUCACCAAGCUCAUGGCCUCCAUCUUCCAGACGCCCGUCGCCCUCAUCACCCUCAUCACAGAGGACCGCGUGUGGUUCAAGGCAAGCCGCCAGCUGGCAGCGCCAGCUGGCAGCGCAGGCGGGGCAGCAGGAGGGAGCAGGCCGCCUGCCCGCGCGCAUGCGGCGCUGGCCCCCGGCUGCCCGCCCCUCGCUGUUCGGCUGGCGCACGGCCUGUUGAUCACCGAGGAUGGGUGGGAGGAUGCGGGGUUUGGGGGCAACCCGUAG